AUGUCUCCAGGUGCAAAUAACGAAGGUUUCGGGCUCGACCAUUCCAAUGGAGCUGGCGUGUUGGAUGGCGACGCGGUGGAAAACGUCGUGAUUGCAGGCGCGGGUCCUGCUGGUCUUAUGCUAGCCUCAAACCUGGCACGAUACGGCAUCAAACCGAUUAUAGUUGAUGACCGGGCUGAUAAGACCUCUACUGGGAGGGCCGAUGGACUUCAGCCCAAGACUAUUGAGACGUUGAAACAAUUACGUUUGGCUGAUUCGCUUUUACAAAAGGGCGUCAAGAUCUACGAUAUAUGUUUUUGGAAUUCUACCCCAGCAGAGCCUUUGCAUCGGACUCGAAGGGAAGUCCAUUAUCCACCAGAGGUUGAUGUCAAGGAGCCGUUUAUUUUGCUGGUUCACCAGGGCAUGAUUGAGGAUCUGUUCAUAGGAGAUUUGAGAGAAAGAGGAAUAGAGGUCACGAGGAGCAGCCCUUUUCUUCGAUAUUCCGAUACUCAAGACUUGAAAGCUCCGCUUGAGAUUGUCUGCAAUGACAACAGUCAAAACUCAGAGAAGGUUUUAAAGGCAAAAUACCUGGUUGGUUGUGAUGGAGCUAGAUCGAAUGUCAGAAACAGCAUUCCCGGCGCUGAGAUGAUAGGAGAUAGUAGCAGAGCCCCUUGGGGUGUGCUUGAUGGUGUCGUUGAGACCAACUUUCCUGAUCUCUGGAGCAAAGUUGUAAUUCAUUCCGACGAAAAAGGAACAAUUCUAUGCAUUCCAAGAGAGAGAAACAUGGUCAGAUUGUACAUUGAACUCAACCCUGGAAUGCAUGAUGUUCUUUCGUCAGAAGCGUCAAGCCAAGAGUUUGUAAUGAAGCGAGCACAAGAAAUCAUAGCCCCUUUUACAUUGACCUGGACAAGUGUCGAAUGGUUCAGUGUAUAUAAAGUCGGCCAGAGGGUCUCCAAUAAAUUUACUAACGAGAUGGAAAACGUGUUCAUCACCGGAGACGCUGCCCACACCCACUCGCCGAAAGCUGCACAAGGCAUGAACGUCAGCAUGCACGACGCCUUCAACCUGUCCUGGAAACUCAACCUCGCAGUCCGAGGCUUAGCACUCCCAUCGCUCCUGUCCACCUACAGCCCCGAACGACGGAAGAUUGCUCAAGAUCUCAUUAAUUUCGACUUUGAGCAUGCAAAUGCCUUUGCCGACGGUGACCCUAAAGCUUUAGCAGCCAACUUUGCUGCAAACAUCGCUUUCAUCUCUGGGCUAGGGGCUACCUACUCUCCGAAUGUUCUGAAUAUCGAGUCAGCAAAUCCCGGAGGCUGUCUUCGAGCGGGCGCCCUCUUACUCCCCGCGAAAGUCACGCGGUAUGUCGAUGCCAACCCCGUCGACCUUCAGCUCGAUAUCCCAAUGCUUGGGCAAUUCCGAGUAUUUUUCUUCACUGCAAACCCGCAUUCUUCAGCCGACUUUCUGUCUUCCGUUUCCUCUCAUAUCUCUUCGGUAAAUUCGGUUUUGGGCAGGGCUACAGCUACAGCUGGAACCUCGUAUGGUGUUCUUAAUACCCCAGCUCCGGAAUCAGAGGAGUUUGAACAGCCUCAAAGGUAUACUGCGAUGAGUAAAAUUUUCACCCCAGCUCUAGUAACAACGAUGAAGAAGGAUGCGCUAGAGAUCGCACAUCUGCCGGCUAUGUUGCAAGCCAGCCGCUGGACGUUUUAUCUUGAUGGUGACGUUGCUGGGGAGAAGCAGACAUGUAGUGAGAAAUGGUUGGGAAGCGUGGAGGAAGGGCAGGUGGCAAUUGUUAAUGUUAGGCCCGAUGGCUAUGUCGGCUCGAUAGGGAGAUGGGAAAAUAGCCAGGGAGGGUUGGCUUGCCAGUGGCUGGACGCUUACUAUGGAGGUUUCUUGAGAGGCUAG